CACUGUAUCACACGCUUUGUCGUAUUUUUGAAAUUUUUUAGUUCCCUAGUUUAGUUUACUUUUGAAAAUGGGUGAAGUGCAAUUCGGAGUGCGUCAUGUGAUCGGCGCUCCGAUAGCGACGACCAGAUUGGCGGAACAGGCCCUUGUGUGUAUGCCGCCAAGAGCUGCCAAGUUCACGCUGUCCGAGUGGAAGCUCAGCAACGAUCAGCGAUGCAGGAACACAGAAGAUCAGCAGCAACUCGCCGACAGAGUCCUUGGAGAAUGCGAGAGGAUCCGCCAGGAGACCGCGGAGCGAUCCAGCAUCAUGAAAACUACAAGCGAUAGACGCCUCGAAGAACGCAUCGGCGACGUCGAGUUCAACAAGAACGAACUGCAAAUCCAACGAAGGGAAAUAUGCAUCGAGCUUGAAGCUCUCGGAAUGUACAAAACUCGCCUCCUUGAUUGCCUCAGCUCUUUACAAAGCAACGCUUUGAACAUCUGCCGAAAGUGCCUUAUGCUGAGAGAUGGGCGUAUUGGUAUCGAUUUAGUUGUCGACGAGGUAGAACAUGCUCUUCAGCAGGAGAUUACUACUAUUCUUGGAGGCCAAAGUCUUUUAAAACGGGUCUUGGAACAGUUGAAUGAACAAAUGAGACGCUUACGCUCAACUCGAUAUCUGUUAGACCGUGAUCUCCAAUACAAACAGGCUGCGAUAGACGUUGAUAAAGGCAACUUGUCCCUCAAACCUACCGAUUUAUGCCUGUCUAUCUAUGAGGGAUACUCUAACCUAGACCCUGCCAAUAUAUCAGCUGAAGAAUAUAACUCAUAUUCAGCUCAAAAUAUCCAAUUGGCUGCUAGAGAAGUGACCAGCGCCAGACCGAUCAGAAUGUUCGUCGAUACCAUCCUCAAGCAGGUAAUAGAUGAUCUUUGGGUGGCUUACAAGAGGUGCAAUCACGAGUUCAGUGAGCGUAUCAAGGAGACGAAGUUAGCUAAGGCUAAGUUGGAGGAUAUGCAUAGGGAGACGACCCAGAAGAUAUCUGAUAUGCAGGACAAUAUUUUGCAGCUGCAGAAAGCCCUAUCUGAUAAGGAAGGGCAUAUGGCAUUAGCUCAUACCAGGCUUGGAAGACGAGCUAACAGAACUGGUGCUGAGCUUGUGAAAGAUCCUCCUGGUCAGGCUUUAUAUUACGAGUGUGAGAUGCUUCGUCACAGCACUGAGCAGCUUCAGCAAAUGCUGCAUGAGGCAUCGUCUUCUCUUCGUUACCUCCUCCAAACCCAGAUUCAGCUGGAGGAAGAUAUUAAUGUGAAAAUGAACACCUUGAAGAUCGAUGAAGUGGAUUGUAUGACUUUGAGAGACACGAUGGAUUAUCACGCUUAUUGAGAUGCUAUCACGGCAAUGUUUGUGGUUUGGGCUGGAUUGUUUGGUUUUCAAUUAUUUAUUACUUGCACCUUAUUAUUUAGUUGCUUCGUGUGAUACGGUAUGUGUUAAAAUGUAAGCUAGUUGGACUGUUUUUCCCUAAAUCUUAGAUUAUUC